UCAGCCGGAACCAAAACAUUGGAAAAUAACAGAAAGAUUGCGAAACCAUUUUUCUUCGAAGCGUUUGAAGUUAUUUUCUAAUUAAUGUACACAUAACUCAUCAUUAUUAGGAUAUUGAAAGACUCUUAUAGUACUGCAUCAAUUCUGGUUCCAAAUAAGUAUUUCAAAUUAUGCAAUGUUAAUGGAUGCAUACUUCCAUACUCUUAUCUUUUAUGUGAUUGAAAAUGAAAACAAGUAGGUUUAUGAAAACAAGUAGGUUUAUGUGUGGACUUGUAUGAAAAUUUAGAAAUUAGACAAGGGAUUACUAAGCUUAUAUGAGAUAAAGAAAAAGAUUAGAUAGUUUUAGGCAGAGAUUGAAGUGUUCAAUUGUUUUGAAAAUUCUUAAUACCAUACCAGUAUUUUAUUCAUUUGAUAACCUUAUAAGAAGUUCAAGCUGACACUUGCAGUAGUAAUAAGUAAACUGGUGACAUGGCAGCUUUUAAUCCACCUCCAAACCAGCCUUAUCCACCAAUGGAUUCUCGUUACCCUCCAGUCAAUCAAGGUUAUCCACAUCAAGGGUUCACUAAUCAAGGGUAUGGACCCCCAGGUUCUGUUCCACCCCCUCCAACUUAUAAUCAAGCCACUGCACCUGCAGAAGAACAAAAAUUUCAGCAACAGAAUGCACCUCAACAAAAUAUGGGAUUUGGUGGACCACCUGGUAUGCCUAUGCCUCUACCUAAAAUGCCAGCUCAAUAUUUUGCUAAUGUAGAUAAUAAUGACUCGAGCAGUAGUGGAGGUAAUUUUGAAGAUGGUAACAAUAUGGCUUCAUUCUCUGAUAAAGCUGUUAGAAGAGGCUUUAUUAAAAAGGUAUAUCUCAUACUUAUGAGUCAGUUAUUGGUAACAGUUGGUUUUGUUUGUUUAUUCCUUUUUGUGGAUAGUAUUAAAAGAUGGAUUCAGGGUCCAGGAUUUUGGAUGUAUUGGGUAUCAUAUGGUACAUUUUUAGUGACAUAUUUUGCAUUGGUUUGCUGCCCAAGUGUCAGGAGAAAGUAUCCUGGAAACUUUAUUUGUUUGGGUAUUUUUACUUUAGCAUUUUCCUUUAUGACUGGAAUGAUCAGCAGUUUCUAUGAUACGAAUAUUGUGUUGAUGGCUCUGGGUAUUACUGCUGCUGUAUGCUUGGCUAUUUCAAUCUUUGCUAUUCAAACCAAGAUUGAUUUUACACUAUGUAGUGGUCUACUGUUUGUAUUGGUAAUGGUAUUGAUGUUAUUUGGGUUCCUGACAAUUAUCAUGAGAUUUGCUUUUGGUUACAACAGGAUUUUGGAUAUUGUUUAUGCCUCUUUAGCAGCUUUGGUAUUUGGAUUGUUUUUGAUAUAUGAUACUCAGAUGAUAAUUGGUGGAAGAAAACAUGAACUGUCACCAGAAGAGUAUAUUUAUGGAGCUUUACAACUUUAUGUUGAUGUUGUUUAUAUAUUUCUUAUUAUUCUAUCAUUAUUUGGUUCCAAAAACUGAUAUUGUGGUGGUUUCUUUGGCAAUUUUGGUUUAUAAUUUAAUGAAAAAUAUUUGUCACUUAACAACUUAAAAAAGUAAUUUAAUUGAGUACUUGUCAUUUCUGACGGCUUUUUUUU